AUGGAUGCAUCGCGAGAAUUAAGCUCAUGGGGACCCACCGUGUGCGUGGGGUUGCUUGGUCGCAGUGCACUGGUGAUGUUCCAGAUGCUGCCCAAGGAAGAAGGCGAUACUGCGAUAGAGCUCUUGUGCACCGUGAAGGAGAAGGACGUCGAGGUGAUUGAAUCGGUUCAACACGUGCAAGCGCACGUUUUGGCGGCGACACCACGGCAUGUCUCUCACAUGCUUAAGGAGGGCGAGCGCAAGCACGGGCUUCUUCGGGUUGAGCUUGUCUGCAGUACCGCAUGGACGCCCACCGACAAAUAUGCGGAGCGUCACAGAGUGCGUCGGGGCAUGCAUGUCAACGCUUCCCUCGCGCGGGUCUACUGGGAUCAAAUGAAUCGGGACAGCUGGCCCAAGUCUUUGCAGGACUGGCACGAGAUUGUGGUUGGCAAGACUCAAAAGCGUGCAGAGGCACCUAAGUUGACGUUGGAAACCCUGGAGAAGGCGAUGAAUGACGUGACCGUCGUCGCUGACCAGAGGGGCUUUUACAACAAGCCUAUCCAUGAUCUAGACACACAUGGGAUCACUUAUGGCGACCAGCAACCGAACAAGAGGAUGCGAGACAUUCCCAGCUACCGGCACAAGCCAUUGACGGCAUUGCUGCGGAACCUGCACCAACUUCUGCCGCUGGAGCGCUGCAACGAAACAGGGCAGCGACCGGCCGGAUGCAGGGAGCGGCAUGCUCCAACGAAGCCGCGAAAGCAAUCCAGCAAAACCGAUGGAGGCAUGUUCAAGUUUGCCCAGCAUGGCAUGGUUCUCCAGCUGGAGGACUUCAUCGAGGAGAAGUGCUUUGUACAGCCGACAGCUGCUGCAGAGGAGCAGGACUUUGGCUUUGUGCCGGCCGAGCUGCACAAUGUGGCCAGGGGCCUUGUUGCUUUCCUGAGGGUCAGAGCGUGCUCUUACGAUAACAUCUCGCCUCACAAGAAGACGGAGCAUUGGAGCCAUUGCUUGGAGUGGUGGGGUUUUUGGAUGUCGGACGAGGAAAUCCAAGCCGUGGCUGCACAAGCGACGUCCCUUGCAUUUACGCACAUGCGCUAUCUGAGUGCCUACGUGCGUUUGCAUCGAGCAACGUUUGCGCAGGAAAGUGUUGCCGCUGCCUCGCAGAUGUAG